AUUUUAUCAGUUAAAUUUUACAAAUGAUCUAACUUUAUUAACUUGCUCAUUUAAUCACCCUCAUUUUUUGUCUCGACAGAUAUGUCUUAUGUUUGUAUAAUUGUCUAUUUAUUCUAUUCUAAAACAAAUCCAUUCAGAUUAUUUACCAAAUCGAGUGAUAUCAGUUUUCAUAAUAAAGACGCUUAAUCGAACAUUAAAUAUAGUCCUACUGGAAUAUAAUAAAGAUGCAAUCUAAAAAAGAAGUUGGAACGAUACUUGAUCAACCUGGAAAAUCAGUACCACCACGUAAUCUAACUCUGGUACCUCCACCUCAUCGACAAUGGACUAGUGGGAUUUGUUAUUGUUGUAAAAAUAGGGAUUGGGGUUGUUUUGCGGUAUGUUGUUACUUCUGUCUAUUAAAUCAACUGACAAAAGCAAUGAAUGAAAAAACGUGUUAUCCAUGUUUACCAUGGUGUGGAUUAGUAGGAUUGAGAAUGAAAAUGCGAACAACUUACGGAAUAGAGGGUGAUGGAUGCAAAGAUUGCUGUCACCUAUGUUUCUGUAAUGGUUGUGUAGCAUGUCAAAUGCAUUAUGAAGCACAACAAAUUGGAAUUAUAGAAAAGAAAACCUGUUCAGAUGCAUGUAAUCAAUGUUGUGUAUGUUAUAGAUAAAAAGAAUGGGAUAAAGAACAAUUUGUAAACUUCCAACUACUUUCACUAUUAAAUCAUGUAUAAUUAAGUAUAUUCAAAUGAAUUUUAAUUGUGUACUAAAUAAAUACUCUACCAUAUUUUACAAAUAUUAGUUGUUAAAGGUGAAUUUCAUAACUAUAAUGUCUCCCACGUUGUACGAGUAUUCCAUGUACCCAAAUAAAUGGUUGCUCUGGUUAUCAGAAGGGGAAUUGGUUUCGUAACUUCCAAAGGAACUUGGCUUUCAUCAUGAGGCGUCAUAACUUUUCUAAAUGAAAUCCUUCUGACUCCCAGGGCAGAGUUU